AUGAAAGUCUUAGUCAUUUUAGUCGCAUGUGUCGCCGCUUCUUUGGCUUACCCUAUUCCUGAUCCAUUCCAAUGGGAUGAAAGCUUCAGGUACGAUAAGUUAGACGAGCAGCACAAAAAGUUGUUCACUGGCAUUGCAGAUGUCCAGUCGAAUCCAGCUGACGGCGCGGCCAUAUCCCACCUCGAAGAUCUCUUUUAUAAGCAUUUCAGAUUCGAAGAGAAAAUGAUGGAGGAAGUGGGCUACGCAAACCUGCCGGCCCAUAAAAGGAUGCACACGGAUUUCGAAUCCGAGAUCAAAGAUAUCCAUACACCCGUUCAGGGAUAUCAAAUCUUUUUCAUGAAGGAUUGGUUGGUUAACCAUAUCAAGGGCAUUGACUUCCAAUACAAGGGCAAAUUGUCAUCUUAA